UCAGUUAGUAGCUGGGAAAGGGCAAAGCAGGACAAGACAGAGUGAGCUAAGAUGAAGAGAAAGAAGUCCAUUCUUCAAAGAGCAUUCAAGAGAGCAGAGCAGGACUAAAUGGGCAAUGUGAGGUCCAGCCACCACCUCAGAGUUGUGGUAAACAAUUUUCAUUGAUUGUCUUUACCCACUCAGACUUAUUGAGCCAGAGGCUGAAGUUGGCAGGGAGUUUGGUUUCAAUGGGAUACCAGUUUGGAGAAGAAAAGAAAAGAUAAGCUUUGAUCUUUAUUCAUUUUAUUUCACCUCUGUUAGCCAGAAGAGUGUAUUAUUACCUGAUAAAUUGUUGUACUAAGACUAAGUAAACAAAAAUCUUUUUGUGCUCCACUGAGUGCACUUCCUUCUUGUUUGAAAUAAAGUGAAUAACGGGGAGAUUGUUUUGGACUUUGUUCUGAAGUGCAGAGAUAAGCAAUGAAGCAAGGUGUUUGGAGACAACUGCGUUUAAGAAGGUUCGAUUUCAGCACCUUGGACCACAGGGCUGAUCUGGACCAGGCCUGGGAUCUGCUUUUAAAAAACGUCCCCCAGCUUCAACUAAAUGCCCUCGACUUCUCAGACCUUUGGGAAGAUGAAAGUGUGGAGGUUGAGUCUGAUGAAAGAAGCCUGGUGGGUUCCGCAGGGUGUGAAAAGCUGGAAGAGGUCGAUGCUUCAACUCCACCAUCUCCUCCUCCUCCUCCACCUCCUCCUCCACCUCUACCUGAGUCAGGAGCCUGUCCACUUCCAGGUCUUGACAACUGCACAGGACUUUCCACAAAGCAGUCAACGAUCCGUCUUCACUGGAAUGAACUCCUUUCUCUGCCAUUGCUGCCCACAGUCAGCCACUUUGGGCAGCAGACAAUCUGGGCCAGGUUGGAGCCAGUUAAUGUAGACGCACACAAACUGGAAUAUUUCUUUAAGUCCAAACCGGGAGGACUUGGUGCCUUCAAGAGCAAAGGUGGUGGUGGUGCACAGAUGUUCCUGAAUGUUUUGGACCUCAGAAGAAGCAAUAUCAUCAACAUCGCCCUGAGUUCAUUACCAGCACCUCACAUAAUCCGAGAAGCUGUCCUUAAAAUGGACGAGUGUGUUCUGGAUAGAGAAGAUAUCCAGAGAAUGAUGGUGCUCAUACCCUCUGAAGAAGAGAUGUCCUUGAUCAAAGAGGCAAAGAAAAAGAAUCCCAGCUUGCCCCUGGGCUCUGCUGAGCAUUGUCUUCUAACCAUGGGGUCUGUGCCUGACCUGCAGGAAAGACUUGAUCUAUGGACUUUCAAAAUGGAUUAUGACAGCCUGGAGAGGGAGAUAGCAGAGUCUUUGUUCAACCUUAAAAUAGCCAUGGAGCAGCUGGCAAGCAACAAGACUUUCCGGUUUAUCUUAGCUACUGUUCUUGCAAUAGGAAACUUUCUUAAUGGCUGCAAGGCCAAAGGCUUUGAACUUGGCUACCUAGCUAAGCUUCCUCAGGUUCGAGACACGGUACACAGAAAGACUCUUCUCCACCACACCUGCUCCAUUUUGCUGGAUUUGUUCCCUCAGAGUACAGACCUUCAUUCAGAGGUCACAGCGGUUACUAAAUGUGCAAAGGUGGAUUUUUCCCAGGUGUUGACAAACUUAGAGCAGUUAGAAGCUCGCUGCAAGGCUUCUGCUGGACAGCUAAAAGUUAUCAGCAAAAGAGAAAUGGAGUCAGCAUUAAAGUGCAGACUGAAGAGCUUCAUAAAAGACUCAGCACACCGAGUGAACAUCCUGAGAGCUGUCUAUCGUCGAGUCACCAACAGGUUCCAUUCAUUCCUACUGUUCCUAGGCUAUCCGAAAUCAACCGUGAGAGAACUCCAUGCUGAGACGUUCUGCAAAAUUGUCAGUGAUUUUGCUUUGGAGUACAGGACUGCUCGGGCACACAUUAUCCAGCUCAGGGAGAAACAGAAUGAAAAACAGGGCUCAUGUGCAAGUCCAGUAUGUCAAAGAAAUGAAUCUUCUGAUGAACUCAAGCAGCAUGAAUGCAUGAAGGAGAUUCUCAGCACCCCAGAGAUGACUCGACGUCUGGACAAUUCUCUGCCAAGGCCUCGUUACAAGAAAGAUGGCAAAGGUCCCACUCCCCAGAAAAUCCAGCGGCCAAUGUAAAAAAAUAAAAGAAAAGGCAUCUGUAAUACGGAUGGCACUGAUGAACACCCUUUAAUAAAUAUUGGAGGCACUGGACAAGUUUUUAAAUAUGGCUACCUAAAGAUUUUUGUGGAUCUGAAUCAUCAACACUUUUAAAGAGUUCAAACCAUCCUACUGUUUUAUUUGUGGUUGUCAAUAUUGUUCACUUGUAGUGUAUAUGUAAGUUAUUCACCCCUUUGGAUUCCCUCAUGUGUUAUUAUUUUACAGAACUCAAAUGUAUUUAGAGGGAAUUUAAUGCCACUGAUCAACAUGUCAAAGAAAAAUAAAACCCUACAGAUCCUUCCAAAUUGAUUAUAAACAGAAAAUGAUUGAUCAUUAAGUAUUCAGUAUGCCCCCCAUCCCCGAAUAUUCAGAAAGUCAAUAUUAAACGAAGAUGUCCAUGUCACAUUACACAACUUCUAGUCAUUGAGUAUGUUAGACUUGCAGACUGCAGUUGA